AUGACAGAUGCAGGGGUGAACUUUCUGGUGGGGAAUUUGUUGGAUCUGUUAAGUGGUAAUAUAGAUCUGAUUAGAGGGGUAGACGAUGAGUUCAAAAAUUUACUGGAAGAAGUGCAACGCCUGAAAGCAUUCCUUGACGAUGAUGCUAAAUUCCACAGCGAGAGCAGUUUAUGGGAUCAAUUGGUGAAAGAAAUUCAAAAAAUGGUACAUAAAUCUGAAGAUGUAAUUGAUAAAUUUCUGAUUCAAUCUAAGCUGCAUCGAGAUAAGAAUAAAGUUGGAAGAUUCUUCGAUGUCGGUCAUAUGGCAGUAGUUAGGGAUCUUGCAGCUAAUAUUAAAGACAUCCAUGAGAAGGUGAAGAAACUUCGGCAAGACCAUACAGAUUCUUUCAGUCCUAAACCACUUCUUGACAUCCCUGAAAAAGCCCACCAAGUAACCCAGGGUCCUUUGGAGGAUGAUGAAGUGGUCGGGUUUGAUGAGGAAGCUAACGAAGUGAUGAAGCGACUUGUUGAAGGAGUGUCGGAAAGUGUGGAUAUUAUCCCAGUAGUGGGUAUGGCCGGACUUGGAAAAACUACACUGGCAAGAAAAAUCUGCAAUGAUUCUAAGCUUUCAUUUGAAUUUUUCAGAAUCAUUUGGGUUAAUGUUGGUCUGGAAUACAAAAUAAAGGAUAUUUAUCUUACGAUUCUCAACUUCUUCACAAAACACAUAGAAGAUCAUUUCAACGAGGAUGUGGACGCAUUAGCUAAGACAAUAUGUGGUUUUAUGAGUGAAGAAGGAGGUAGAUGUCUCAUUGUUUUAGAUGAUGUGUGGGUAGCAGAAGUAGUUGAUGCUGUCAAGAAAGUUUUCCCCAGAAACAAAAAGGGGCAUCGGAUCAUGCUGACCACGCGUGAUGGAUACCUUGCUACCUAUACCAAUCCAGAUCCACAUAAUUUGAAGCUUUUGACACCAUCAAAUAGUUUUGAGUUGUUGGAAAAAAGGGCUUUUGGCAAUGGAAAUUUUCCUGUUGAGUUAGUUGAACUUGGAAAAAACAUUGCACAAAGAUGCUGGGGAGUACCACUUGCAACAGUGCUAAUUGCAGGACUAUUAAGAGGUCUUCGGAACAAAAGUGACUGGGUAAGAGUUGAAAGCAAUGUAUCGCAACGUCUUCAUAACAAGGAUUAUGAUUUUGCUUUAUUUAUAGAGAUGAGUUACGAUCGUUUGCCUCAAGAAAUGCAGACGUGCUUUUUAUACUGUGGCAUCUUUCCUCGGGGCUUUGAUAUCCCUGCUUGGAAAUUGAUUCGCCUGUGGAUUGCGGAAGGGUUAAUAAAACCCCAGCAGUCAUCCACUCUUGAGGAGAUAGCAGAGCGUCAUUUGAAUGAUCUUGUUCAUAGGAAUUUAGUGAUACUGUUGCAAAAGAGGUCUGAUGGUCAAAUAAAGACAUGUCGUCUUCACGACAUGUUACAUGAGUUUUGCAGAACAAAGGCUGCUAACAAAUGGCUUUUUCAAGAAAUAUGUACAACAGUUGAUAACGCUAUUCCUUCUAUACAGGACUCAGAUACUUGCCGUCGAUUGUGCAUUCAACCAUCUACUCUGAAUGACUUUCUCUCCACAAAACCUUCUGCAGAACAUGUCAGAUCUUUCUAUUGUUUUUCCUCGAAACAAAAACAAACUGACUUGUCUCCUAAUGACAUCAAACUCAUUCACAAAGCAUUUCCACUUAUGAGAGUCUUGGAUGUUGAGUCUCUCAAAUUUCUUUUCUCCAAAGACUUUAACAAUUUAUUUCAUUUGAGGUAUGUUGCUAUCUCAGGUGACUUUAAGGCCCUCCCUCCUACCUUUGGUAAAUUCUGGAAUUUACAAACUCUUAUACUUAAUACAAGUACCUCAGAGCCCACUCUUGACGUAAAAGCAGACAUAUGGAACAUGUUACAGUUGAGGCAUCUGUACACCAGCAUACCUGCAAAAUUGCCGUCCCCUACUAUCACCACAGGUAAACCUUCUUGCCUGCAAACUCUUUCUUUAGUUGCACCAGAAAGUUGCAAGAAAGAUGUGUUCGCCAAGGCAUGUUUUCUAAAAAAAUUGAGCAUUCGAGGGCAAAUGGCGGCUUUUUUUGAGUCCAGGGGUGGAAUCAGCAAUCUUGAAGAGCUUAAGUGCCUGGAACAUUUGAAACUGUUGAAUGAUGUUCUUUACAUGAAUAAAACAAUUCAUCUUCCAGCAACAUUCUUCAGACUUGUACGUACAGUGAACAAGUUAACUUUGGCAAACACAAGGUUUUCAUGGAAUGAGGCGGACAAGUUAGGGCAAUUGGAAUCCCUUGAGGUCCUAAAGUUAAAACAAAAUGCAUUUGUUGGUAAUUCCUGGAAGCCAGAGAUUGGAGGUUUUCGCCAGCUCCAGGUCUUAUGGAUUGAAAGUUCAGCAGAAUUAGAAUCUUGGAAGGCUUCGGAUCGUAACUUCCCCAUGCUUAGUCACCUUGUUCUUAUCUCUUGUGAUAAGCUCGAUGCUCUACCAAUUGAUCUAGCUGAUUUACCUAACUUUCAAGAGAUGAGGCUGGAGAAAACGAGCAAAGCCAUCGAAUCUGCAAAAGCAAUAGAGAAAAAGAAGACAUCUAAGAGCAUCAAAUUCAAGCUAACCAUAUCAUGUUGA